ACACCGUGCGCUCGCAGUCGGACGCCGCGAGUUUCCAAAAAACUCCAGCUGGAUCUGAAUAAAGCGCUCGCUCUCCUUGUUCUCCAAGCACAUCUGGGUCAGCAGCAUGUCGCACAGCGCGCUCCUGAGCACCGUGCUGCUCUUCACCGUCAGCCUCGCGCGCUCCCAGCAGCCCGACUUCCAGCACGCGGCCGCUUUAGACGCGCGCGGAAGAUACGUGAUGAGAUGGAGGUCCGACAACACGAGCAUCGCGGUCGAGCUCGAGGCGCAGACGAGAGGAUACGUCGGCUUCGGCUUGUCUCCAAACGGCGCCAUGGCUUCGGCAGAUAUCAUCUUUGGAGGGAUUGCAGACGGGAAACCUUACCUCCACGACUACUUUGCAGACAGCAACAGGAGAGUCCAAAAAGAUCAAGUCCAGAACUACAAGCUGCUGUAUGCAAGAGAAAACCACACACACACCGUGCUAGCGUUCAGUAGGGAUCUGCAGACCUGUGACCCUGAUGACCGAGAAAUCACGGGUAGUACAAUGCGGGUGAUCUGGGCAUUCCAUGAAGAAGAUGUCGGGCCAUCAGGGCCGACGUACCAUGGAAUAAACAGAGGGAGGAAAAGUUUACGUCUCCUGAACCCUGGGACCAGCAAGAGCGUUCCUCAUGGAACAGCUACCUUCGACCUGCGGAACAUUAACGUCCGAGUACCCCAAAAGGACACAACUUACUGGUGCCAGAUCCAUAAAUUCCCAGAAUUGGAGAAAAAGCAUCAUGUAAUCAAAAUUGAGCCGCUGAUCCAGAAAGGCCAUGAGAAUCUGGUCCACCACAUACUGGUCUAUCAGUGCGAUAGCACCCUGAAUGAGACCGAGCUGGAGAUAGGACACGAAUGCUACCAUCCGAACAUGCCCGACUCCUUUUUGACAUGCCAAACUGUCAUUUUUGCAUGGGCCAUCGGUGGAGAGGGCUUCACUUAUCCUCCACAUGUGGGAAUGUCAAUUGGAACAGCUGCAGAUCCAGUCUAUGUGCUGCUGGAGGUUCAUUAUGACAACCCUGCUUUACAGAGAAGAAUAGUGGACAGCUCGGGCCUGCGUCUGUUCUACACCCCCAGGCUGCGGAGCUACGAUGCAGGGAUCAUAGAGACAGGGGUAUGGGUCAGUCUUUACCACAUGCUGCCUCCUGGGAUGCAGGACUACGUCACUGAGGGUCACUGCAUGCAAGAGUGUCUACAGGAGUCUCUGGACAGAGAGAUGCCCAGUGGUGUUCAGGUAUUUGGAGUCCUGCUCCAUGCUCACCUGGCCGGCAGAGCCAUCAGAACCAGGCAUUUCCGUCAGCAGGUCGAGCUUCCUCCUCUUUCCUCAGACGAGCACUUUGACUUCAACUUCCAGGAGUUUCAGCCACUGAACCCAGAGCGGCAGCUUUUGCCUGGGGACUCAUUAAUCACUGAAUGCAUAUAUAACACUAAAGGCAGGAAGAACAUGACAUGGGGUGGCUUGAGCACAAGGGAUGAGAUGUGCUUGUCGUACCUGCUGUACUACCCUCGAAUCAACCUGACCAGGUGCGAGAGCCUUCCUGAGAUCACCGGCCAACUCAAAUUCAUCGGCGUCAAAGAAAUUCAGAGCCCUCUUACGACGUGGCCUUUUGUGAUUAAAAGUCCGAAGAAAUACAGCAACCUUCCGUUCACCGAAGCCAUGGACAAGUUCCGAUGGACAAAGAAGAGAGGAAAGGACUUCAAUGAAGUUGUGCUGAAGCUCCCAAUGAACGUGCGCUGCUCCAGGCUGGGUUAUGACGAGUGGUUGGUCCAAGGCACGAUCAUGCCUCCACCGAAGAUGAAAUCGGUUCGACCGCCUGCCGAAAGCGCGUGUGCGAACAGCUCGGCAUCCCGGGGUCAUCACGCGCUCUCUGUACUAGCCCUCACAGUUACAUCCUUACUCUUCCUUCACAACGCACAGCGCUGACGCCAUGUGAAUAGGGCAGACGUGUAGCCUAGAGAAAACUUUAUUCCAACAAACAUCACGCACUGGACCGAAGCACGGGAGAACAGCAGUAGGAUGUUGUUGGACUGAUGGACGUGAUUAGUCUGAACCAGAAAUGAACCAGCAUGGCUACAAACGUAAACAAAUAAUGAUGUAUUAUACACUCUCUAACCGAACGUCUCUAAUAUUUAACCAUCCUCAGUGGAAAGUCCACUUCCUCUCUUCCUCAGAUCUUCUUAAGAAGAACAUAUUUACAGAAUUUAAAUAUUCUAAAAGUACAAUAUCUCCAUACACGAUAGUUAGACGUGAAUAGAAAAAUGUUUGUGAAAGUUUUUGUUUGUUUUUUGUUUGUUCUUGUUCACUUGAAGUUUAUUUGGAUGAAACAUUUGGAAUACACUAUAUACAUUUAUCUUACAACUGAUCUUACUGAACUGAACUAGUACAACUACAAAGUGCAUCAUGGGAGUUUGGACACUACCCCAUUGCAGUGUAUUAUGGGAUAUCAGGAAAGCGCUACAUUAGAGGUGUACUUCACUGUGCUUUCAGACAUGAUUAUGAUGAUUUAAAAAAAAAAAAAUCCCUAACUAAUGCAUAUAUAUAUAUAUAU